UAUGAAGUACUCCUUUGUGUACAAGAUCAUGAUGAUCCAGCCAUUGAUGUAUGUAAGAAGCUUCUCGGGAAGUAUCCAAAUGUUGAUGCUAGAUUAUUUAUAGGUGGCAAGAAGGUUGGCAUUAAUCCUAAAAUUAAUAACUUAAUGCCAGGAUAUGAAGUUGCAAAGUAUGAUCUUAUAUGGAUUUGUGAUAGUGGAAUAAGAGUAAUUCCAGACACACUUACUGACAUGGUUAAUCAAAUGACAGAAAAAGUAGGCUUGGUUCAUGGGCUGCCUUACGUAGCAGACAGACAGGGCUUUGCUGCCACAUUAGAACAGGUGUAUUUUGGAACUUCACAUCCAAGAUAUUACAUCUCUGCCAAUGUAACUGGUUUCAAAUGUGUAACAGGAAUGUCUUGUUUAAUGAGAAAGGAUGUGUUAGAUCAAGCAGGAGGGCUUAUAGCUUUUGCUCAGUACAUUGCUGAAGAUUACUUUAUGGCCAAAGCAAUAGCAGACCGAGGUUGGAGGUUUUCCAUGUCCACGCAAGUUGCGAUGCAAAACUCUGGCUCGUAUUCAAUUUCUCAAUUUCAAUCCAGAAUGAUCAGGUGGACCAAAUUGCGAAUAAACAUGCUUCCUGCUACAAUCAUUUGUGAGCCAAUUUCAGAAUGCUUUGUUGCCAGCUUAAUUAUUGGAUGGGCAGCCCACCAUGUAUUCAGAUGGGAUAUUAUGGUAUUUUUCAUGUGUCAUUGCCUGGCAUGGUUUAUAUUUGACUACAUUCAACUCAGGGGUGUCCAGGGGGGCACACUGUGUUUCUCAAAACUUGAUUAUGCCGUUGCUUGGUUCAUCCGAGAAUCUAUGACAAUAUAUAUUUUUUUGUCGGCAUUAUGGGACCCUACUAUAAGCUGGAGAACUGGUCGCUACAGAUUGCGCUGUGGGGGUACAGCAGAGGAAAUCCUAGAUGUAUAACUACAGCUUUGUGACUGUAUAUAAAGGAAAAAAGAGAAGUAUUAUAAAUUAUGUUUGUAUAAAUGCUUUUAAAGUUCUACCUUCAGUAGUUUUAUCACAUGUAUGUUUUGUUAUCUGUUCUUUAAUUUAUUUUUGCAUGGCACUUGCAUCUGUGAAAAAAAAACACAUCUGUAGUCUUGGCCAAAUGAUACACUUUAUUUUGUGGAAGUAGAGAAUCAAGAGAAUUGGUUCUAGGAACCCGGUUUUGUUCUUUGUUGUUAUUGUUUAUUUUUUUAAAUAAAUAAAUACAUAUAUAUGAAUGCUCUGCAACAAACACUAUGACAGUAUCCUUUAGUAGAGAAAGUUUCUUAUUUGUGAGUACGCCCUUUCAGAACAUUUGUGGGCAGGAUGGCAGAAGCUUUGUGUUGGGGUUUGGAAAAGACUAGAAGGCGAUGAUGACUCCUGUCCAAAGCGGGUGGGAUGAUGCAGUGUACAGCCCACAGUGAGGAACUCGCUGAGAAACUUUUUCAUGCUUCAUGCCUACCUCUUGUAGUUGUUGCAGAGCAAAUAUAAAUUGUAAUAAGGUAGCUAGGCCUUGCAGAAACAAACAGAAAAACAAAAAUAAUAAUGAAAGCGCUGGAGUCUAGUAUUUCUAUGAAUCUGUGAGAGAUACUUUUUGGUCUCACUGCAAUGAACCAAAAGUGACUGAGUUUGGUUUUUAAUUGUAGCCGUGUAUUGAAGGCAUCUUUUUGACCAACUCUUGUUGGUUCUGUCUUGAACCAUUGUUAAUCACUGUGCUGUAAUUAGCGUAGCUAAAUCUUUUCCUUCCCUGCUUCUCCCCCAACCCACCCCAUCUUUCCUUAACUUUUUUUCCAGGGGGCUUGGGAGUGGUUUUGUUUUAGUGUGAAUGGAUGUUUUGAUAGUUGUAAGGAAAAAUGCGUUUCAGACACAUUUCACACAUGAGCUAUUUUCUUACACAGUAUGUCUUAUUGUUAAUAAGAAUGUAAUUUCAUGAUACAGGUAUUUAAUAUCUUUUUUAAGGAAGUAAAUAUUCUAGCCAUCAAUAAAUAAAUUGCAGUAGAGUAUUAAGAGGGGGCAGGAUGAGUUUACUCUUAAAAAUAAUCAGUAUCAAACUAAGUCUACCAUGUGUUUUUUUUUAACUAUUAUAGUCUAGUCUUAUUUAAAUUGGAUUUUUGUACUCCAGUUUGUAUGACAAAAUAGACUAGAUCAGUGCUAGUUGUCAGUGCAUGCCACCCUCACGCUUCUUCCCCAUCAUGCCGCUAAACUUGCUUGUCAGGUUGUGCUUAACUUGUGGUGAACUGGACUUGUUUUUGCUUUUUAAAAAAAAAAAAAAAAAAAAAGCAAAAAUGUAAGGGACAGUGCAUAAGCCUUUCUUUCUUUUUUUUUUUUUUUCUUUUCUUUUUUUUGGUAGUAGUAUUUCGCUUUCUCUUCGGGACUGGAUGGCAUGGACUUCUGCUGCAGGACUAACACUGGCAAUAUGGCAGCUUUACAUUCUCAGUUACUCCAGUUUCCAUGGCAAAGCAUAAUGUGUAGCAUAUUAGCAAUAACUACAUAUUUAUAGAAAACAAACACUUUUUACUGAGCCAAUUCAUUUAACUGUCUAAUGACUACAUACAUGGUUUAAAUUGCAAUAUGUCUAUAAAUAAUGUUUAAGACACAUUAUGUUUAAGCUUUUCUCUGGGCCAAACUGCUUCAUUCUUUUGUUUUGUUUUGGGGUUUUUUUUUGCCUUAUGAUGAAUUUGUUUGAAGGGCAUUUUCUUUAUGAACAAAGGCUUGGAUGCAUAUUCCUUUCUUUCCGUGAAAUGGGUGGUAUUGUUCCCUGAGGAAAGUUAUACAGUGAAAACCAGUCUAGUUGUGACCCACUACAUGUUUGUUUUUUUUUUUUAUCACUAUUUCAUGAGUUGAAUUUUGCUGACAGUAUCUGUAAUUUGUUAGUUUGUUUAAUGAAGUUUGGUUGAUGCCAUCCGUUACACUGCUGAAGUGAAAUCUUUUUAUUACCUGGCGGGUUUUUGCUGAUCUCAACAUGAGCAAUGUAACUACAAAACCAAAAUGGCUGGACAGACUUCUUAUAUUUUGUAAAUAUAAAAGAAAUGACUGUUCUGUAUGUGUGUUUAAUGUGGUAGUGGAGUAUUUCCUUAAAGUGAAGCUUCACUUAAGCAGACAGAGUGAUUUCUGUGUUUAGCAAGUUUGGAGUGAUGAUAAAAUGGCAAGAAAUAAUACAAAAUGUUAAAGAAAGCAUCACAACAGAACUGUAGGAGUCCAAAUUUAAUAAACAGUCUAAGAAACCCAGUAAGUGUCUAGAAUAUACCAUGUUUUAUUAUUUAAAAUCAUUGUCUUAAGUUUUUUGUUCAAAAAAUAAAAAUUUGAAUACAAUCAAAA